AUAAGCCAGAAGAUAAAAUUACAAAUCACCUAAAAAUCGCGGCAAACCUGUGAAGCGCGAAGCUGUGAAUUACCGCUCAAAAAGACAAAGAAACAGAAGCUGACAGCUGUCCCCUACUUAUUCUCCUUCAGCUGCAAAAUGAGCAUGACGGCCUCAAAUGCUGAAGACUCGGAGAUGGAGGAUCUCUCCCAGUGCUCCCAGGAGGACGAGGAGUCUCGACGGCGCCAGCUGCGGCGUGCCUACCGGGAUCUCAUCAACCGGACAGUUGCGGACCCAGACGACGAGACGGCUGUGCCGCCCACCGAGACACUCGACGAAGCCAAGCAGCUCUUCUCCAAGGUCACGAGGACGCAGGAGGCCGUGCUCGACUCGAAGCUCAUGGUACUGAUGGCCUCCAAGGGCCGCAAGUGCGCCAGCUUGCUGCCCAUCAACCUGCACACCUUCGACGCCGAGGAGUUUGCGGGCAGGGCCCUGAGCAUCAUGGGCACCUCCGCUCCUGUAGGCCAGAAGCUGGACCUGGCAGCGUGGGCACAGCUGGGCAGGUUUGCUGAGGAGCCACUCAAGAGGAGCGCCCCCUUCUGGUACCUGUAUGGUGCGGCCGGCGAAGUGCCUCCCCGGGUACGCCAGGCGAGGCGGACCGUGGUCGAGGCUCCCGACAGACCAGAAACGGUUGCCAAGAAGGUCAGCUCGGGGGACCGCACCAACAAGGAGACGACAACAGAACAUGUAGGCCACAUCCACGGACUGCUGAAGGCCCUCCACUCCCGCCUGGGAGGCUUGCUCCCUUACCACGAGUUUGUCAUCCACCCGACGUCCUUCUCUAAGACCUGCGAGAACAUCUUCCACCUGUCCUUCCUAAUCAACGAAGGCCACGCCCGGAUAAUCGAAGAGGAUGGCCUCCUGCUGGUGGAGCCCGUGGACCGAACCAGCAGUUCUGCAGCGUCGCAGGCGGCAAACAGGAACGGUGUGUUCGUCAAGACGCUCACCAUGACGCAGUGGAGGGAGGCUGUACGGGGGCUGGGCACCCGAGAGCCCACAAUCGCCGACUGAGUCAGGGGGUGGAAACAGUCGGAAGAAAAAGAGGUUCCUCGGAGAAUUGUGUGUUCUUGCUUGGCCAAAGAGUGAGGCAUUAAGAACCCCCUGCAGGGACAAGGGGUGUACAAAGAUGUGCUACGGGGGCAUUCACUUCAACCGUUUUUUUUUCAGUCAAAAAAAAGUGUGAUGAGUGAAGUUACGCUGCACAGCAAGAUAUUCAUUCAAUGGUAGUUCAUUUGUCAUUCAUUGUUUUUACCUACUGUCCAGUUUCAGCUUGCUUUUCGAUUAGUCAUUUGAUGGACUGCCGUGGAUAGCAGUCUACAGCUCAUUUCAAUAAACUGGUUCAAGAUUU